GUAUGUUGAUGGAAAAAAUGAAGUGUGUUACGAUCAGCAGGUGAAGCAAAAAAUUUUAGUGAUUAAAAAAUUGUUCAAUAAUAAAUUGGAGGAGAAACUUAUAUUACUUAAUAAAUUAUAAACAGCAGCUGCAGAGCAAAAGAGCAGACACGCACAGAAAUACACAUCAAAGAAGCAGGAAGUAGAUUUCAAGGCAAAGGUGUUGUGUCAAGUGGUUGACGGCACCCCUCGGUUUGUGAUAAGAUUUAUGCAUGAUUGCUAAACGCCUGAAAAUUUCCUAAACUUGUAAAAUAACAACGGAUAUUUUCCAACUUCCUUUAACGUUUUAACUGAAAGCCGUUUAGCAAGAGACUAACUUAAAACAUCACAGAGGAUAGAAGGCAAAUAUAAAAAUUAAGUAAAAAUGUAAGCAGACGGUGGCGCUCUACAUGCGUACGUGGAGCGCAUGGUUGUAAAGUAAGACAACAAAAAAUUCAGCAUUAAAUUUGUAACCGACCUUCAAACGACUGUGAAUCCAUUUCUAGUCCUAUUAUUGAAAACAAACUCAACGAAAUAGAGUACCCUGCGCCUUUUAGUGAAUGCCCAGGAGUACUGCCCAAUGACCGUGUCUUGUACACUUGCAAUGGAAAUACAAGCCAAACAACAAUCCACAACUGAUUGUAGCAUUAUCAAUAAUAACAACAACGAGAAAAAUAAAUUAGAGCAGUCCCUAGCGGCAGCAACCACCCACUCAGUGACUGUCAAUACCCAUAAUACCGUAUUAAUGCCACCGUUAGGCACUAAGCCGUUGGCCAACAACCAAGAACUUCAACCUAUUAACGACGCUAAUAAAAUAAAAAUGAAUGCGGAGACUAAUGAUGGCGAAGUGUCAGUUUUACUGGCUAAUAAGAACUUCCAUUAUGACGUCGUCUCCAAUGCGGAAGAGCAGCCGACAUACGACAUUGACGAUGGCGGUGGUGCCCAAUUUGUUGGUGGUGGCGGCGGCGAAGCUAAGCAACUAUUAAGUGACCAACCACAACCACAGGUUACAUGGCUAGAUAGUGAACAAAUUGAUGCGCUCGACUUGACCACAUUGGACAUUGGCAAUAUGUUCUUCAAUCGAGUGGAUAGUGCGGAGAUAAUCUAUCAAAAGAAAAAGAAAGAAAUUAAAAUGGUGGGAAAAUAUGUGAUGGGUGAUAUACUGGGCGAAGGCUCCUAUGGCAAAGUCAAAGAGGUGCUAGAUUCUGAAAAUCUGUGCCGACGUGCAGUGAAAAUCUUAACGAAGCGAAAACUGAGACGCAUUCCUAAUGGGGAACAAAAUGUGCAGCGUGAAAUCCUAUUGCUGCGAAAUCUACAGCACAAAAAUGUGGUAGCGCUUUUAGAUGUUUUGUGCAAUGAGGAAAAACAAAAGAUGUACAUGAUCAUGGAAUAUUGCGUGGGCGGAUUGCAGGAACUAGUUGAUAGUGCACCGGAAAAGAAACUACCGCUCUUUCAGGCACAUCGCUACUUUUGCCAGUUAAUCAGUGGUCUGGAGUAUCUACAUGGUUGUCGUAUCAUACAUAAAGAUAUAAAACCCGGAAAUUUACUCCUCUCGCUUGAGCAAAUAUUAAAAAUUUCCGACUUUGGCGUGGCGGAACAGUUGGAUUUAUUUGCGGAAGACGACACAUGCACCACCGGCCAGGGAUCACCUGCAUUUCAGCCGCCUGAAAUAGCCAAUGGACAUGAGUCAUUCUCCGGCACCAAGGUAGACAUUUGGAGCUGUGGCGUAACGCUCUAUAACAUAUGCACAGGUCAAUAUCCAUUCGAAGGUGAUAACAUUUAUAGGCUAUUUGAAAAUAUUGGGCGCGGACAAUGGGAAGCGCCAGAUUGGUUAUACAAAGUAGAUGUGCAAUUAGCUGGACUCAUAGUGGGUAUGCUCCAAGCUGAUCCAGCCAAACGAUACUCUAUACAACAAAUACGCUGUGAUCCUUGGUUCAUAUCGGCACCAGAGGAGAAGGGGCCACCAAUACCCAUUCCGCCACUGAAGCAUGAUGUUUAUCGCCGCUCCACGGUACUGCCUUAUUUAGAUGCUUACCACUACGAAACUGAACGUGAUUUAGAAGAGGUCUACUUUACCGAACACGAUCUGAAUCGUGAACUUGCUCGUCAAGCAGCCGCCGCAGCCGCUGAAAUCAAAGCACAACAGCAGCAAAAACAAUUGGCGGCUGCAAAUUCAUCGGGUCCUUCGACAAGCACCCACGCCUCAACAUCUAACAGCAUUAAUAAGGAGAAGAAAUCUUCGUCACUAAAGAGGCGCGCCAAAAAGCUAACAUCUUGUAUAUCUGUAAAGAAGCUAUCAAAUUGUCGACCCUCGUAAUAAUGACGUUGAUGUUGUCACAAGCAAAGGCGCCCAUGCGCAGUACACGUAGUCAUUGGAAAAGCGUAGUUUAAUUAUUACAUAUAUGUAUAUACAAAUUAAGAAGUUUCAACUCUAAACAUUUCAUUAGCAGUUGAGUGUCAAGUCAGUUAGCCUUACAAGUGCAGCUUGCAGUGCUGCAGAGAAUAGCAGAGUAUAGCAGCAGCUAAUUCUCUCGCUGCCAAAUGCAAGUGCCACUCCAACACAAUUUAUAGAAUCCGUUUCUUAAAUGGAGUACUUCUUUAUUACAUAAUUUGUUUCCUUUGUGUUGUUUUGAUGAUAGUAUUUAUUGAAGAAAAUUUAGUUUCGGAUUAACUGUAUUAUUCGCGUUUGAUCUUUUUGUUGCGUAAUUUUUAGUUAGUCUAU